AUGUCGGUGGGGGGGAGCAUGGGCGGAGCCUGACCCAGCGCUGAGGGACAUCGGUGCUGAAUUCAGGUAAGUGUCUGAAGGGGUUUAACGACUUCAGUGACGUGGGAUGGGGGACAGCACUCCAGGAUUCUACACUGCCAGGAAAACGGGUUUGUUUUCCUGGCACUAGAGAAUCCCUUUAAGGCCAGAGUAGCUAAACUGACAAAAUAGCUGACAGAGAAUUUUUCCAGUUUCGCUAUUUUGACCUUACAUUUGACAUUUCUUUUGAAUUCUCACACUAGUAAAGGUCUCUGUAAGUGUACAAUAAGUCCUAAACAAUGAGCAGUCUGAAGCAAAAUUUCACUGGUUUCAACGAUGAUCACGCCAAAGCCUACAAUAUACUCCACAGGCGGUCAUGCAUUGGUUUGAUUAACAUUGUUGAACAUUCUAAAAAGCACAUGCAAAUAUAUUUGAAUUAUACCUGUACACUGUAUAGUCAGACAAUGUCACACUUUAUAAAUGAAAUGUAUCUAUGACUGUCUCACUAGAUGGAUAAAAUGCAUGAUAACAGGUCUUGCACAGUCUGACAAUUUCACUUUAAUUGACUUAUAAAUGAAAUCCUGGAUUUUAACUCUGUACAGCUUUAUGGUCUUCAGAAUCAUGGAAUCUUUAUUCAGUUUUUUACAUUCCCUGGUAUCCUUGACAAUAUUCAAUAGUAAAAUUCAUCAGAUACUAUUCUUUCUUUAACAUUUAAAUCCUCAUGGGAGAGAUUAUAUAACCGGUGACAAUUGAUCACUUACAGUAAAAUAUACAUUUUGAGAUAAAAUGUAAAAACUUAUUGAGUUUCAAUUUUAUAGUGUAGAAAGUGUCAGUGAAUUAAAUAAUUUAAGGUUGACUCAGUAAGCCUACAGAAGAAUUGUAUUAAUUGGGUGCACAAACAUAAUGGAGUAAUUAGAAACACAAAAUAAAUUUUAAAAAAAGAAAGAAAAAAAAUCACCUUGUAAUAUACUGAACCACUCACUGGCAAUGGCUCCCCCAAAAUGUCAAAUAUCCAUUUCAUAAUGAUGCAGAAUAGCAUGUAUUAGCUGUGCCUUCUCUCUGUGAGCUUGUAUAUUAGUGGCAGCACUGUGCCAGCCCUAGCAACACAAUCCAGAGUUACUUCAUCCCCACAGAAUUCACUCACAUAGCAUCAAGGAAACUCCAGGAGGGCAUUCACAAACAAUGUAUUGUGUAAAUAUGACUACAGAAUUGAAUUACAAAAUGUAGGCCACAAUAACACAGCUGGAUCAAUAGGUGUGUUGCAAAUGUUUUUCAGCUUGGCUAACAGGGUUACUCACUAAACUCUAAAUUGUAACAAAAUUAAAUACGAAUGUCAAGAUUUAGGCUAAAAGAACAGAUUUAAAAAGAUUUAGCAGUUUUGCUAUAGUCACAUUUUAGACUCAGUUUGACUAUAAUUCUGACUUAAGCAAAUUAACGCCUGUGUAUGUUGUCUUUCAUUUUCAGACUUUUCCCCUGUCGGAUGAAGGACUUUGAAAAGUAGAUGUGGGAGACGAUUAGACAGUAUGUCACAAUGCGUUGGAUCACCAAUAGGUUUGCAAGAUCCCUGCCUCUUUAUCUUCUUUUCACCACUCUUCCAAAAACACCUUGAGUCUUCCCCAUUCAGUGCUUUUCUUUGAUCCAUAGUUUAUUCUAACACUCCAGUUGGACUAACGUUUAUCAGUGGAAUGUGGGGUGAUUCCCAGAUAGCGCACUGACCCUGCUUCUCCUUGUUACCUGUUGUACUGGGUAAACCAGGUCAAUGAGUGUAAAUUUCAGAUUCCACACCUUGCACAAUGGCUACAUUGACCACGAGUGAAACACCAAUUUAAUGCCAGCCCUGGAUAGUUUACAGUAAGGGUAAAAUGUUUCUGUUUCCACCACAAAGCCCACAAUGAGCUCUCAAACCAAGCCUUCUGGGACUCCUUAUAAAUAAAAUAAGGAAUGGGCAUUUAUCUAAUCAUUAAACAAGUAUACAUUAUAAAUAUGUGAUUACAUACCUUUCUCAUGCAGUUUUGUGUUUUUAGUGAUUGGCUGAAAGCAACAACUGUUGCCUUUCCUCCGCUUCCUCGUGCUUAUAAUAAAUUUGUUCAGCUAUCUGGAUGUUGAGACUUACAGUUAAAAAAAAAAACCCAUUGAGUCCACAUACUUUUGCUAAUCAGUUGAUGUUGAUAGUCAGUCCCUCUGCUGAUGCUGAUUGGUGUAUCUAUUUAUGCGUGAGUGUAUCCCGGCUAUAUUUGCAUUGGUGGUGUUAUAUUGAGACAUUGUGCCUACAGUGAAGUUUUGGAAACCUACUAAUAAACACUAACCAUAGUGAAGUCUUGCUGUAGACAAUACACUUUUAAUGCAUUAGUUUUUAAAUAAAUUACUACUUAGUACAAUACUCUGUUUUGGAUACAUGGUAAUCACUUUUGUUUCUGUUUAUGCAGCCCUUGCCACACCUCCCCUGACUGUGACUGACACAGCCUACAUGAAAACAAAAUUGUUUAAUUGCAGUGGCGGAUCUGGGUGGUGGGGGAGGGGUAUAUGCCCCCCAAGGAAAUAGUGCUGGCAAGGGUCUUCCUUGGCUUAAGGGACGACCUUUGGUAAGGGAUGUAUACAGUUGCAAGAAAAAGUAUAUGAACCCUUUGGAAUGAUAUGGAUUUCUGCACAAAUUGGUCAUAAAAUGUGAUCUGAUCAUCAUAUAAGUCACAACAAUAGGCAAUCACAGUCUGCUUAAGCUAAUAACACACAAAUAAUGAAAUGUUGCCAUGUUUUUAUUGAACACACCAUGUAAACAUUCACAGUGCAGGUGGAAAAAAUACGUGUACCCCUAGACUAAUGACAUCUCCAAGAGCUAAUUGGAGUGAGAUGUCAGCCAACUGGAGUCCAAUCAAUGAGAUGAGAUUGGAGGUGUGGGUUACAGCUGAACAAGAAUAGAUUUCAUGGGAGGAUAGAACAAGAAUUUCAUGGGAGGAUACCACAGAGGAAGCCACUGCUGUCCACUGCUGUCCAAACAAAACAUUGCUGCACGUUUACAGUUUGCACAAGAGCACCUGGAUGUUCCACAGCAGUACUGGCAAAAUAUUCUGUGGACAGAUGAAACCAAAGUUGAGUUGUUUGGAAGAAACACACAACACUAUGUGUGGCGAAAAAGAGGCACAGCACACCAACAUCAAAACCUCAUCCCAACUGUGAAGUAUGGUGGUGGGGGCAUCAUGGUUUGGGGCUACUUUGCUGCGUCAGGGCCUGGACGGAUUGCUAUCAUCGAAGGAAAAAUGAAUUCCCAAGUUUAUCAAGACAUUUUGCAGGAGAACUUAAGGCCAUCUGUCUACCAGCUGAAGCUCAACAGAAGAUGGGUGUUGCAACAGGACAAUGACCCAAAGCAUAGAAGUAAAUCAACAACAGAAUGGCUUAAACAGAAGAAAAUACGCCUUCUGAAGUGGCCCAGUCAGAGUCCUGACCUCAACCCGAUUGAGAUGCUGUGGCAUGACCUCAAGAAAGCGAUUCACACCAGACAUCCCAUGAAUAUUGCUGAACUGAAACAGUUCUGUAAAGAGGAAUGGUCAAGAAUUACUCCUGACCGUUGUGCACGUCUGAUCUGCAACUACAGGAAACGUUUGGUUGAAGUUAUUGCUGCCAAAGGAGGUUCAACCAGUUAUUAAAUCCAAGGGUUCACAUACUUUUCCACCUGCACUGUGAAUGUUUACAUGGUGUGUUCAAUAAAAACAUGGCAACAUUUCAUUCUUUGUGUGUUAUUAGUUUAAGCAGACUGUGAUUGUCUAUUGUUGUGACUUAGAUGAUGAUCAGAUCACAUUUUAUGACCAAUUUGUGCAGAAAUCCAUAUAAUUCCAAAGGGUUUACAUACUUUUUCUUGCAACUGUAAUCACACCUCUUCUUAUCUCCCACUCCAUUAUCCUGUAUGUGAGGGGAAGGCUGAGGACAUCAGUAUUGAUGAGCUCGGCCACGGAGGCAGAGCCAUAUGCGGCUAGAGAGAAAAAGGUAAGUAAUAUCCCCCUUUUUACUGAGAAAGGUGAAGGGCCAGUCACCUAAACAACCACACCAGCACUGGUGUCAGGAAUACUUUUAUGUAUUCAUGACACAAAAGUCUUCCUUUAAGAUUGUACCUGUGGACUUGUCUAUGUAGAAAGAUUCCUUUAGUAUAAGACACGUUAAUUUAGUAUAAGACAUAUUCUUUGAAAAGGCUAGUUCCCAGGCACCAAUGUAAACGCUGCCUUUUCUAUGAAAAGGCAGCGUUUACAGUGAAAAGCCUGCAUGCACAUACUAUACAAGCCAGAAUAACUACAGUAAUCACUUAACUUGUACAAGUUCUGAUCAAAACAAAACGUGGAAUUUGACUAUAUGUCUGCUCAACCAUAAUUUAGCUUUUUCAUAUAAAGUGUAUCCACGCCUAUUAUAUAUAAUUUUGUUCAGGAGAAACAUGGAGUUCAUUUCACAUGAAAUAUUUAUAUGUGAAACAUAAUUUUUAUAUGAAUCAAAUCUAAAACAAAUGUAAGAAAUUAAGAAACAAAUUUAUUUUCUUUGUUCUGCAUGCCAUUUUAACUGUGAAUGUCAUAAUACUGUUAGCUUUUACUGCUCUAAAACACUCGCGUUUGUAUUCAGCGAUAUCUCACAAGUACAGCAGUACCCACCAUGCAGGUUUUACAGGGUUUUGAAAACUUACAGGGUCAAAUAUUCGACAUUUCCCUUUUCUGUUUUUACACAUUGAAAUUUGCCAGAUUGGAUAUGAUUGCCUAUGAGACUGUAUGGCAUAUUUUUUAGCUUGGAAGACUGCCUGACAUCCAAGGCAGUGUUGAAGCCUGCUAUUCCAGCCAUGUGACCCUCAUGCCAUCGUGAUCACAUGGCACGGAAGUGCCGGAUUAGUUAGGGGGAUUGCCUAGAUUGUCAGGCAAGUCCCUCCAGCGCGAUCGUCAGCGUGGGACUGUCAGUAUACAGGUAAGUGGGAAGGGCGGCAAGAACGUGCUAUGCCACCAUGCCGCAUUUAGCAUCGCCUCCUUAAAGAUACACUAUGGUCACUAGAACAACUACAGCUUAAUGUAGUUGUUCUGGUGAGUAUAAUCAGUCCUUGCAGGCAUUUCAGUGUAAACACUGUAGUUUACAUUACAGCCUAGGAACACCUCUAGAGGUCACUCCUCAGGCGGCUACUACAGAUAAUUCCUGGGGCAGUGCUGAUUGACGUUCAGUGUAGCAUGGAGACCCUGAACUUUCCCAUAGAGAUGCAUAUCUAUGAGGAGAUGCUGAUUGGCCAGGGUGGCUUUUGGCUGCACCACCACCUCAAAAUUGAUCUUAGCCAAUCCAAUGCUUUCCAAGGGUGGGCCAGAUGCAAGGAGGCUCUCAUAGCACUGGAAAAAGGUGAGUAAAUCACCCUUCUAACGCAAAGUAAGGGGGGCCAACCACCUAAGCGGUGGUUUUUGCAUAUAAAGUGUCAGGAAUACACAUUGUGUUCCUGACACUAUAGUGACCCUUUAAAGCAAGCAUGUCAAACUUGCGGCAUGCGGCCCUCAAUGGACAUCUUUGCGGCCCAGCGAGCCGCAAGUACAUGCUUAGUGUUAAAGCAGAGUAGCCACCUGCUUUCUCCACAUUACAGGUGCCUACUCUGUAAGAUUGACCCAGCCGGGAGGAGAGAUCUCUGGAGGAGCUCAGUCUUCCUGCUCUUCAAUGCUCCCUAUCGAGCACCGUCUGUAGUGAUGCCAGAAUAUGCCGUCAUAUUCCGGCAUCACUAAACUGCGCACGUGAGGGAGCAGUGAGCAGCAGGAAAGAGAUCUCCAGAUAUAAGAUCCCCACUGGACCCCAGGGAUAAAUACAAUGAUGUGAGUGUGUGCAAGAAUGUGUAAAUGUGUGUCUGUCUGUGUCAGUGAGUGUGUGUGUGUGUGUGUGUCAGUCAGUGUUGUGAUGGCUGCAGCUGGACAGUGGAGGACCUGGAGGUGCAUGGAAGCAUGCAACGCCAUGUCACAUUCCAACAUGACGUUGACGUGCUCCACCCUCACAGGGUUUCAAGAAGUAGCAUGAGGAUCUGCUUUGGCACAGGGUGCAAACGGCGCCAUUUGGGGUAUACUCUAGAGUCGCAUACUGGCACCGGCAAUGUGAGUGGCGUCUGCUUGUUGGCUAGAGUGGGGUGCUGGGAUUUAGGGGGGACUGGGAUUUGGUAUAUGGUGGGGACUGAGAUUUAGUAGAGUAUGGGGGAUGCUGUUGUUUUUAUACUGUAAUUUUCAAAAUCAACCUACGUUUCUAUGAAAAUGUAAGUUGUUUUUUUUUGUGGCCCACAUAAACUUAAACCAUGUUUAUUUGGCCUGUGCUAGACUUUGAGUUUGACAUAGAACACAAAAAGCAAGAUUGGAACAGCGCUACAAUAACUGAUCACAAGGCGGCUGCACACCUGAAUAGGAAGGUAACCCUCAAAACCUUAAAGGAUAAAUCAAACAAAGGAUACAGGUAGCACCAAAAUAAAUACAAUGUUGUAGUAAGUAAUAAGAAAAGGGUACCAAGUAAGAGAUAAAAAUAUCCUUUCGAAAAACGUGAGUUGUCAAUUUUAAGUUUUAUGUUGUCUAUAGUCCAUAGACUUAAAAUACUGCACUAUUGGUUCCCUAUUUUCUCUUUUACAUAUGCAGUUGAUGUGUGAUACCACUCCGUAGACAUCUUAUUCAACAUUUGAAGACUUUUACUGGAGACCGUAUCUUCAGAAGGAUAUUGAUACCUUAGAGAGGGUUCAGAGAAGGGCUACUAAACUGGUUCAUGGAUUGCGGGAUAAAACUUACCAGGAAAGGUAAAGGAUCUUAACAUGUAUAGCUUGGAGGAAAGACGAGACAGGGGGGAUAUGAUAGAAACAUUUAAACAUAUAAGGGGAAUCAACACAGUAAAGGAGGAGACUAUAUUUAAAAGAAGAAAAACUACCACAACAAGAGGACAUAGUCUUAAAUUAGAGGGACAAAGGUUUAAAAAUAAUAUCAGGAAGUAUUACUUUACUGAGAGGUAGUGGAUGCAUGGAAUAGCCUUCCAGCUGAAGUGGUAGAGGUUAACACAGUAAAGGAGUUUAAGCAUGCGUGGGAUAGGCAUAAGGCUAUCCUAACUAUAAGAUAAGGCUAGGGACUAAUGAAAGUAUUUAGAAAAUUGGGCAGACUAGAUGGGCCGAAUGGUUCUUAUCUGCCGUCACAUUCUAUGUUUCUAAAAACCUCAAAAGGACAUUUCUAUUUCUUACUUUGUACCUUUUUCUUAUUACUUACUACUGUACAAUAUUGUAUUUAUUUUGGCUCUACCUGCAUCCUUUGUUCUGUUUGCUUGAGUUUGACAUGUUUGCUUUAAAAGGACACUAUAUGCACCCAGUCCACUUCAGCUCAUUUAAGUGGUUUAAUCCUGCAAUUGUAAUUAUUGCAGUUAUCGAUACCUAUUGCAGGGUUAACGCCAUCACUAUUCCCUUUUGGGCGCUUCUAGGUCAUUAGGUGACUUUUGGUUGCAUAGCCCAGUGAUCCUCAACCCUCUCCUCAAAGCACACCUAUCAGCUCAGGAUUUAGGGAUUACGGAGUGGGGGCACACUAUAGUGCUAGGAGUACAAUUUUAUAUUCCUAACCUAUAGUUUCCCUUUAAGGGUGGCAUAGAUAGCACGUCCGCCAUCCUUAAAGGCUUAAGCUGUAGUAGUUCUGGUGACUAUAGUGUCCCUAUAAAGAGGCAGUACUGGGGAGUCGAGAGAGACAGAGCAUGUGAGAAAAAGAGUAAGAAAGUUUGAUGGAGUUACAGCAUGAGAGAGUGAAAAAAAAGACAAAAAUUGAGUGAGAGGUGACAGAAAACACAAGAGAGCGAGUGUGCAUUAUAAAUACAGUGAGUGGGUUUGAGUGACUGAGAGAGACAGUCACAGUAUGUGUGCUGCCCAUCAGCUCCUACUGAGCUCAGCUCCAGGCUGGCUGCUUCUAGCCUCCCUCUAUAUCACGUGACCUCGGCCAGUCACAUGGUUUCCGUGACAUCACAUGCUCCCUGUAGUAUGAAGGGAACUAGCCACGACCCUACUGUUUACAACACAGAAACCAUAGACAUAGAAUAGAAACCAGCUGCUUCCGUGUGUCGAACUCUAGUGCUUUGUACUCUUCCUUUAACUAGAGUCGCGCGUUGAUUACGUCAUCACAACACGUGUUACAGGGGGCUAAAGGCUACCAGGUGAGUGCAGUAGCACAGGUAAGGCGUUUAUAUCUCCUGCCAUACAGAAACUAGCAUUACUAGCUCACUGCACACAUAGCUGUCCUCUCUGAGAAGGUGUAGAAUAGAAACAUAUUUUAUAAGUAGACAGAUGGGGGGGGGGGUGUGUGAGUGAAUAUAGCCAGGUGUGGAUAUUGGUUAUACACGAAUCUCCUAAUUUUGGAGACAUAGAAUGGUAAAACCUAGGACACAUUUGAGUCCCCCAAAAAAUGUCGAAUUUGUUACAAUAUGUUGCUUAGUUAAUAAACUCCUACUGAUCAUGCUAUGCCGCCCUUAAAGGGAUACUAUAGGUUAGGAAUACAAAAUUGUACCCCUAGCACUAUAGUGUGCCCUCCCCCCCCUCACUCAAUGUAACUCUAUAAGAGCAGGUCCUUCUUCAGCUCUAUUUUGGUAUGUCAAUUACUUGUAAAAUAUCCUCCUUCUAUAAUUGUAAAGCACAGUGCAUUAAGAUGGCACUGUAUAAAUAAUAAUAAAGCAUUGAUAGAUCGCUGCUGUGUGGAAUUAUGUUUCAAGGAACACUUUAGGCACCAAUUUUAGCGGAAUGAAGUUGUUGUGGUGUUAGGAGGUCCCAGGCAUAGACUUGCCUCAAGGGGCUAAACCAUUAAUUAACAGAUUAAAGCAACACUAUAGUAUUAGGAAUGCAAAUAAUGUUUUUCUAGAAUUAUAGUGUUGGAUUAACCAUUUAGGAUCCAGGGCCCUCAGACUGGAGAAAAAAAGGUUUUUACUUACCUUUUCAACAUCUCAAUGCAGGUAUUUCUGCGGGUUUGCCCCACCUUCAUGGCUGAGAUCAUCACCCUUGAUAAUCUCAGCCAAUUCAAUGCUUUUUCAUAGGAAUGCAUUGGAAGGCUAUUGUGCAUGCACUGCAUAAUGCCGGGCUGCGCCAAUCGGCAUCUCUAUAUAGAUUUGUUUUACCCAAGUCUCCCUUAAAAGACCACUAUCGUGUUAGGAAGACAAAGCUGUAUUCCCAACACUAUAGUUUCCCUCUACUCUACUAACAAUCAAAGGGUAAAAGCCUUUUUAUCCAUUUACCUGAAUCCAGCACUAAGGUUCCUGGGCACUGGCUCCAUCUUAACCUCGUGUGACAAGAAUGAGAGGGGGAACCUAAUGUGCAUGUACAGAGAGCGCUGCACUCGCAUUAGGUGUUCCCCAUAAGAAAGUAUUAAAUCAAUGCUUUCCUAUGGGGAUUUGCAAGACACUGGAAGUCCUAAUGCAAAGCGUGAGGAUGUCUAGAGUUAUAUCAAGGAGUUAAACUCUGUGAAACUGAAGGAAGCACUGGUAGUGGCUGCCUGGUAGAAAGCCAGUAGAGGCAGUCUUAACCCUGCAAUGUAAACAUUGCAUUUUUCUUUUUAGUAAAACUGCAAUGUCUUCAGCUGCAGGGUUAAAGUGGCAAGGUAGUGCAAACAGACUACUUUAAUGAAAAUAACUAUUCUAUUUGGUGCAAUAGUAAUAUUGACAAGUUUGAGGUUUAUGGUGUAUGAGUUAAACAUUAGGGUGCAUGGACAAUCAAAAUAUAGCUGUUGAUCUGUUAAUAUAUUGUAGUAAAAUCACCAUUUAAUUCUGACUAUUUGAUUUAGGGACACAAAUUCUGUGUUUUUAACCAUUGUUGGUAUGUUUUGACUCGUUAGAGGACACUUUCAUGAACACCUUGACGAUCGCUGAUAAACCCACUUUCAGUGUCACCUUACGUUCUUAGGAUUUUUCUCCUUACACAGAUAACAUUUUUUAUGUCAUACACUGCUGUAGCAUCUGUCCAGAACACUACCUGUAACCAAUUAUAUACAGAAAAAAGCAACAAAGCACUGAAAGGAGUGUUGGGGUGCAUUUAUCAGUUUGGCAGGGGGGAGGAGAGGGCAGAUCUUCUGUCUGCAGCCUUUGCAAGCCAUCUGCUUACAGCCAUGGGUGACUGGUUAAAAUGGAGCUUUGUGGACCCAUGUACGUACUUUCAGCCACUUGUGGGAGAAAGCAGAGUGCAUCUGCAGCUUCUGUUAACUCAUUUGACCUAACAGAAGAAGAGGACCACCUCGGCUAUCGAUCAAACAGCUGGGGAGGUUUCCUCCUUGCAUUAGCUCAGUGUUUUGUUUUUAAACUAGUUUGAUGUUUAUUUGAAUUAUUGUUUAUGUGAAUAUUAAAUUAUAAAGUGCUAUUAAAAUGGGAACUCCAUAUACAGCAGUAGUGCUGUGUGUGUGUUCGGAGUGCUCCUUUAAGAAAGGCUCACUGGUGCUGAAAUGUCAGCCUGAGUGGUUGGAAUUAAAGUACCCUGUGAGUGACUGGUCUUUUCCUUACUCUGUGUUUCUUAUAUCUUUACAGGCAAUGGCAAAAAGCAGAGGAAAGGGGCAAAAACAGACAAGUGUCUUUCAUGUAGCAAACAGUAAGAGUGUAAAAGCAAAACAUAAAGCCAAACCAGUGAAAACAAGUCUUAAGAAGGUCAGUACUAUAAAUUAUAUAUAAACCUUUUUCACAUUUCAUUAAAGGACCACUCUAGGCACCCAGACCACUUCAGCUUAAUGAAGUGGUCUGGGUGCCAGGUCCAGCCAGGGUUAACCCAUUUUUUUAAUAAACAUAGCAGUUUCAGAGAAACUACUAUGUUUAUUAAUGGGUUAAGCCUUCCCCCUAAUCCUCUAGUGGCUGUCUCAUUGACAGCCACUAGAGGCGCUUGCGUGCUUCUCACUGUGAUUUUCACUGUGAGAGCACGCAAGCGUCCAUAGGAAAGCAUUGUAAAUGCUUUCCUAUGCGACAGGCUGAAUGCGCGUGCAGCUCUUGCCGCGCGUUCGCAUUCAGCCGACGGGGCGGAACGGAGGAGGAGAGGAGAGGAGAGGAGGAGAGCUCCCCGCCCAGAGCUGGAAAAAGGUAAGUUUAAACCCCUUUCCCCGUUCCAGAGCCGGGCGGGAGGGGGACCCUGAGGGUGGGGGCACCCUCAGGGCACUAUAGUGGUCCUUUAAGUAAACAGAAUUGUCCAGUUUGAGGUGACAUAUGAUAGUUACAUGUUUUACUGCUAAUAGUCUCAAUUCUACCCACUGGACACAAGUGUGCCACACUAUACCAGCUCUACAGAUAAUAUAGUCAUAAAGAACACACACUUUUUUGUAUAUUUUUAUUCUGUGCUUUCCAACCAGCAUUUUUUCCCUUCACACGUGAAUGCAGCACAAAAUGACUCUAAUCUUGUUUCAUAGUUUAAAGCAGCACUGUCAUGCGGAACCUACCUUUCUUUAAUCUAUUCCUCUUCUCUCCCUCUCAUGAUUUGUUCUUCAUUUCUUCCAGUUUGCUUUAGUGUUCUUUAACUCCUUAAGGACCAAACUUCUGGAAUAAAAGGGAAUCAUGACAUGUCACACAUGUCAUGUGUCCUUAAGGGGUUAAAACAGAACACAUAGUAGAGACUAUUUGUCUUAUGGAGGUUUUCUUAAGCCUGACCAGCGGAGGAGCAAAAUGUGCCUCAUUUCCAGUGGUCAAGAUAAAAUUUCCCACAAUUCUAAGCUUUCCUCCCUGUUCCUGUGAUGCUUCCUGUCAGUAUUCCCGCACGUCCUGUCAUUUAGACAGGAGGUCGGCGAAACUGCCGAAUUGCGCCUAACAGAAUGAGAACAGUUUGUUAGUUCAUGUUAGGACACAAUUCGGGACUUUGUUCGUAUCGGAAUUUCAUUCUAAUGAAUGAAACUCUGAUCCUAUAUGUGCUGCUGCAUCUUGCAGCCGCUUACUAGAUAACUCCCUAAUUCCCACGGUAUCAGGGAGCUAUCUACCAAAAGGCUGAAAGACCUAUAUUGCUCUUUCAGCCAAAUUUACUAAUACUAAGUAAAGAUUACUUAGUAUUAUUAAAAAAAAAUUAGUAAUCUUUACUUAGUAUUAGUAAAUGCUGCCCCUACUCGCUAUACCGCUAAAAAAACAACAAAAAAAACUGGAUUUGGCCAUGACAGUGCCGCUUUAAAUGCCAGUGUAAGAAAAUUUACAUAUACAGCAUUACAGGAAUACGUCUCCCACAAUCCUUUCUCUGCCAUUACAUUUUGUUGCUUCUUGCAGAGGGAUAUGUGAACUAUAGCAGAUUGAAUACUCUUACCUUAUCUUGUUUGGCCUCCAUUUUAAACAGAUCAACAUUGCUACCAGAGAGAAGGUGAGCACAGUCAAUGAAGCUUUUACAGAACUGCACAAGGAGGUUGCACAACUGAAAAAGAAAAGUCAGUCCAACGUAGCCAAGAGCAAGAAGGUAUAAGUCUGAAUUAUGCACAUUCCCCUGUUUUGACCCUACCUCUGAAAUGUUGAUUUGAAAGACAAUAUGCAGUAUAUUAAUUCUCUUGCACGUAUGUAAUCUGUGUAAGAUAAAGAUGUUAAAAUGUAUAUUUUAAGUCACGUAUUGAAUUUGUUUCCUUGUUCUGGUUUACCAUUCAAAUAACCAUGUUUAUGAAACUUUGAAGAGAAUGUCUGUUCUCUGACCGAACACGCACUCUUAUGCAACCAUCUAUUCGUAAAAACAUUGUGUGCGAUUUCUGCCUGCAGCAUUUUGUCAGGUGAUUUUGAAAAGCAAUGGACGGUUGCAAAAUAGUGUUAAAUGGGUCUGAUAAUGGACAAUCCAACAGAGGCUGCAUAAAGAUGUCUGUCAGAAAGGGUAAGUGGGAAGGUAGGCGGAUAUUCUUCACAAAUUUCAAUAUACAUGAAUAUUUGUUUUGUAAUGGUAUAACAAAGAUAAUUAUAAAUAGUAUUUCUUCAAAGCAAGCCUCCUAUAAUAGUUUAGCCAAAGCAGCUUGUCAGCUCACAGAGUUGCCAUUUUUGCCAUGUUAUGCAUUUAUGUAAAUACUGUACAUGGUGAACACUUCAGUACGUUAAUUGUCCUUUUAGAUAUACUGUAUUUUUAAACUUUGGAAUGUUAUACCUUACUUUGACUGUAAACUUGUUUGUGUGGGGCUUUGACUGUAACCUUUUGCUCCAGAUUGCCUAACUUGUUAUGUCACAAUUACUUGGAGUACCAACAUAUUAUGCAGUGUUUAACUGAUUGCAACCAGAUAUGAUAUCCUCUAUCACUUGCUCUUAUCUUUUGCGCUAUUGAUGCUGUUGUAGCACAACAGAGGUAAGUAUACAUCUCUACCGGUCUAGUGUAAUAAGGCUUCAAGAAUCCCCACAAUUUCUGCACAAAUCCAAUAGCCACACUUGCAUUUGUGAUGGAAGAGAAUCCAAUAUAUACCAUAAUUAAAAUUGUUGAACCUAUUCAAUUACACAAAAAAAAAAAACGGAGACACGGUGGAAGUUUUUUUUUUUUCUUUCUUUUUAUGGAAAGUUUGUGGAUGUAUUUUGCAACAAGAUAUUUACAAGGUAGAUUUUAGCGUUGUCACAGAAAACCACCCUGAACCUAUGCAUUUGUUGUAAAUGACAUGUGUAUUUAUAUUAAACUGGAUAGUAUGUCUAACUAGUGUACAUUUGAUUGGUGUUUAGUUGUGUAUAUUCCCAUUUUGAGUAAUCUGGCCUUAUAUGUACCUUGACUCUGGUGUGUCCCUUAAGUUACACUCCAAUUAAGUAGCAUUUUAAAAUGGACUACUCUAGAGAAAAUUAUCCAGACACAAUAGACCAUGCUGUAAUAAAUUCUGGAAUGAACAAUAAUGAAUACUAGACAUCUGACAUUUCAUGAGGCACUGGACAGCUAUUUUCUUAACAUAAUAAAAGGGUUACUCCAAGCGUUAACAGCAUUGUAACUCCACACCUGGCAGCGUCACGGUUACUUCAUUAUCCAGUCCAGAAGAAGAGUUCUAAGCUGGCAAAUGUCAAGUCUGUGCAUAUUCUAUGCACAGAAGCUCGUUCUCAGCCAAUAAAUGAGUAGCAGGAUUGGUAUCUGGCUUCUGCAGCUCUUGUGCAUAUUGCAGAGGAGACUGUGCGACCCACGUAAGAGGGUAGACCUUUACAAAAUGGAUUGCCCCAGUACUGAGUGAAGGUGCUAUGGUACUUGUGGCAUCACCAUUACAACGGGCUAUAACACUUUAAAUUGUUUUAGAUGCAAUUAUCUGUAUAGCUUAACUGAUUAUAUUUUCUCCCUCCAGCCUUCAAAACAGACAGCGGAACCACCAGCAGAUGUAGACAAUGCUGCAGAUUUGUUUUCACAAUUGUAA